AUGUCACCCAACCUCAGACAAUACUCCGACGGCUCCUCAUUUGAAGAAGCACAGAUCGAGUCAACCAACGCCGGUGUUAACAAAACAAAACCGCCGGUGCUAGGUCGACAGCGGUCCAAAACUGAUGACGAUAUUGCACCAAACACCAAUGCCACCAGCAACUCACUGGAAUAUACGGAAAAGCCAGAGCUGCCGCCGGCGCCAUAUGGCUUCCAACCGCAGCGGACAUCCGAUGACGACCUUGACAGGCGCCUCUCCAGUGCCACCGCUCCUGAUGAAGUCAGCCAUCGAGCUCCCGCCAGUCGAGUGACCACCGAUGCCGAUGGCAACACUUAUCCUGAAGGCGGUUUGGAGGCUUGGUUAGUUGUACUAGGCUCCUUCUUGGGCCUCUUCGCAUCCCUCGGUCUAGUAAACACCAUCGGUUCUUUUCAGGCAUAUCUUCAGACCAAUCAACUGAAAGACUACAGCUCUGGAAGCAUAGCCUGGAUCUUUGGCAUCUAUGCAUUCCUUACUUUCUUUGGUGGUGUUCAGGUAGGGCCCGUAUUCGACGCCAGGGGACCACGGCUUUUGGUUCUUGGUGGCUCCGUGCUAGUGAUGCUGCAGGUGAUAACCAUGGGCUUCUGUACUCAGUACUGGCAUUUCGUCCUUUCAAUAGGAAUCGCUGGAGGACUAGGAACCUCCAUGAUCUUCACCCCUGCAGUGUCUGCGAUUGGGCACUAUUUCAAUGAAAGACGUGGAGUAGCAACCGGCCUCGCGGCUACUGGUGGCUCCGUCGGGGGCGUUGCGUUUCCUCUAAUACUGGAGAGCCUGUUCCCUAAGAUCGGCUGGGCCUGGGCUACGCGAGUCAUUGCUUUGAUCUGCCUGAUAUCGCUGGCCGGUGCAUGUCUAUUGGUGAAGUCGCGGCUGCCAAAGAAGCCAGCCUCGAAGGAGAACGUUCUGCCCGAUUUUCGUAUCUUUCGCAGCCUCAAGCUCAGCUUCACAACGGCCGGUAUCUUCUUCAUUGAGUGGGGCCUUUUUAUCCCAAUCAGCUACAUCUCCUCGUAUGCUUUGGCCCAUGGCACUUCUGAGUCGCUUUCCUAUCAGAUGCUAGCAUUUCUCAAUGUGGGCUCCGUCCUCGGAAGAGCAAUCCCUGGCUUCUUUGCAGACCAUCUCGGCAGAUUCAACACUCUUAUAGUCACAGUUGCAUUGUGUCUUGUUUGCAACGUGUGCAUUUGGCUUCCUGCCGGAGACAGCGUGGCCAUAAUGAUUGUGUAUUGCGUGAUUUUUGGCUUUGCUAGCGGCAGCAACAUCAGCCUUACCCCCGUCUGCAUUUCACAACUCUUGAGCUUCGGCACCUUGACAGGAAUGCCAAUUGCGGGUGAAAUUUUGGCCCGCUGCAACGGGGACUACUGGGGCCUGAUAACCUAUACGAUCUGCUGCUACGCUAGCGGUCUUAUCUCUGCAUCUCAUGACAGCCAGCAGCUUCCCAACGAUAAUGGCUAUUCCAUUAUUCGAGUGUCAAAUAUUGUUCUUGAGACGCGCGGUCCACCUUAG